CGCAUCGCAUAUAGUAUAAGAAAGACAGCUGGCUAACCAGCGGUGUAGUAGGGCAGCCUCAGGCUAAUAUUUAUGGUUUUCUGCAAUGAAUCAAUUUUCAUAAAGUGCUACAACAUUACUGUAAGGUUAUUGAUUCCUGUAUGGCUUUGGGUAAGGUUUUCCGGUAAAUAUGGAGGUGUUACGUCCAGUUCUUGUAAAUAUUAAAGGAAGGAUAUACAGAAAAACGGCUGUGAAGGAGGAAUGUUAUGAUGACGAAGAGGAUGAUUAUUCGUAUUAUGGAACAGCAAGUGAUCAAUGCGCGGAUGAACCCUGCGAUCUCCAUGCCAUAGAACAAACAGAGAAAGGCUUCUGCUGUGCCCUUGACAUCCCAAGUGUCCUUCACAAAUACAUCAUUGGGAAGAAAGGAGAGACAAAGAAACGAUUGGAAUCAGAUACAAAGACAUCAAUUAACAUCCCCAAGCAAGGGGUGGAGGGAGCAAUAGUGAUCACUGCAGCGCAGAAGGCGUCUGUGGCGUCGGCAGUCACGCGGCUCGAACUCCUCGUUGAGAGCUUUCGGAGGAAGCAGCCUUUCACCCACUUCCUGUCGCUCGCUUUGAACCACCCGAACAUUCAGGAAGGCUUCCUGAGGUUUAAGGAGGAGGUCUUGAAGCAGUGCUCACAGGAUGUUGGCGUGGAUGCUAGCAUCUUCCAGAACCCUGCCAAGUUGCAUCUGACAGUGGGCACGUUGGCACUGCUCAGCGAGGCAGAAGUGCAGCGGGCAUCUGAGCUGCUACAGCAGUGUCAGGACUUUAUCAGGGAUCUGACGGAAGGAAAGCCCCUCCCGCUGGUUGUGUCCGGUAUCGAGUACAUGAAUGAUGACCCCUCCAUGGUGGAUGUCCUCUACGCCAAAGUUCAAGUCAAAGGCGGCUCUGACGCGUUGCAGGUGAUUGCCGACAGGCUGGUGGAGCACUUUGUGGCCGUGGGACUGAUGGUGAGGGAAUGGGAGCGCGUGAAACUCCACGGCACAGUCAUGAACACCCUGUUCAGGAAGGACCACUCAGCUGAAGACAAGGGCAGCCAUGGAAAACAAAAUACCAAAGGCCGCGAGGCAUUUGACGCAAGAAACAUAUUGCAGAACUUUGGUGCAUAUCAUUUUGGCGAGUUCGAGCUGAACACUGUGCAGAUAUCCCAGAGGUUCUCUUCCGACUCUACUGGUUACUACUCCUCAGCUGGUGAGGUCACCUUCUCCUGAAGUAGCACCCAAAAGCCUGGAGUCCCCAAAUGGUAAGAGAGGAUCGAGCUGUGCUGAUCCCAAGGCCAAGCAGAGAGUGUGAGGAUCAAGAAAGACCAGUCUGAAAUCCAUGUUGCAGUGAGAUUCAGAGAUUCAGACCGCCUGCGACUACCACUAAGGAUAUUAUCAGGAGAGGCUCUCAAAAUAACUAAAGGUUUUUAACUUUGAUCUGUUGAUAUGAUUUCCCAUUCACAAGUGCAACAAUAAACAAGUACUGAAAGCA